GAAGAAGAAGAAAGGAGGAGGGGGGGGAUCUAACACACACACACACACACACUCACUCCUCCGCCCCCUCCCAUAGGGCAGCGGGGGGGCCUGAGAGUGUGUGUGUGUGUGUGUGUAGCGUGGCGAUGCUCAGUCUGUUGCAGUGUAGUGCAGUGUUAGUGUAGGUGAAGCCGGCUUGUCUGUCUCUCUGAGCUGAGCUCCAGGCUGGCUAGGGGCCCCUUGCUAUGAGGCCUGCCUCCCGCACUCGCUGCCCAGCCGACGCAGCCCCAGCAUGGGCAACACCCAACUCCACCCCCAGGCUUCUGGUCUGGGCCCCGUGCAGACCCCGCCGCUGCUGUCCCGGUCCGAGCGCUACGGCUCGCUACGGCGCCGGCUACUCAGCCCACACACGCACAAGGUCCACCAGGACCAGGACACACUCUGGACGCCCAAACCCAUGCUGCGGCCCGCCGGCACCGCCACAGGGAGACGCGGGACUAUGGGCACCACCACGGGGUCGGACACAAACUCGCCAGGGGCACGCACAUCGUCCUCCAUCAGGAGGACACAGUCGCUCUACGAACCUCGCAAAGCGGUGUCUAAUCUGGAUGACGAGUCCAAGUGGAGCGUGCACUAUAGCGCCCCCUGGCACCAGCAGGAGAAUGUCUUCCUGCCCGCAUCGCGACCGCAAUGCCUAGAGGACCUACACCGCCAGGCCAAAGUCAACCUCAAAACCGUACUCAGAGAGUGUGACCCGUUGCGUAAGGAUGGUUUCCGUAGUUCCCAGUACUACUCUCAGGGCCCCACCUUCUCAAGCCCCGCCCCUUCCCAAACCAGCCAACAGGACGACGACUACGCUGAUGAUGACGACAGGAAGUCUGCCUCGUCUUCAUUGGAAGAGGACAGCUCUUCCCAGCCAAUGAGAGCCCAGACGCCGCCUCGAGGAGCCAAUCAGGGCCCUGAGGAUGCUGUGGAUGGCCCCGCCUCCGGUGCCAAAGCCCCGCCCCUGCCCACCCCCGAGGAGCGAAUGAGACAGCAGGCUCAAGCCGUCGCCACGGAUAUCGUCCCCAUCGACAUCACAGGGGAGACGUUUGAUCGGCAGGCCAGCGUGCGGCGCUCCAUGCUGAGUUCCGACACUACGGUGGCCCGUAGGCCCAAGAAGGGCAAACGCAGAGAGACAAUCUCCGGCCUGCCACAACACCUGCAGGACCAACUAGCGUCAGUAGGUCGGGGAGGAGAGCUACGUCCCCACUCCAUGUUCCUGCCGGGUCAGUAUUCCACUCUGGGCCCCUACGCUACUCUCGGUUCCCCUGGGUCUCCUGGUUCUCCUGUGGGCCAGUCCUCUACGCUGGGCCGGGCCGGCAGCCUGAACGCAGUUUCCCUCUCGGGGUCUGGCGGUCGGCGUCACUCGCAGGUUCGAGACUCGGGCGUGCAGACGGAGGAAGUGAAGAUCGUCCCGCCGUCGGUGCGGCGAAUCAGAGCGCAGCGUGGCCAGGGAGUGUCCGCCCACUGCGGCGGCAACAUGUCGACUUCCGGAAUGUCCACCUCCACCGGUAACAUCGCCUCCCUAGCGACCGGCGUCUCCCCCGGCAACAGCCCUGUUACCGGGGCGGCGGCUCUCUUCAAUGGCUACGAGGGUCCCCAGCGCUUCAUGAGUCUCCCGCGAGGAGCCCGCGUCUCCCUCAGUGCUGAACCUCUACGCUGUAGCACCCCCCUCAGGACGGAGGACCACACUACACCCACAGCCACAGCGCCCCCCAGGGGUCAGAUCGGCAAGCUGCAGGCGGACAACUCGGCGGUGCACCUGCGUAGCACCCCUAAGGCGGUGUCGUCCGGGCGACCGCGCUCCCAGACGGAGCGGAGUGGGGGUGCGGAGUGGGCGGGUUCUGGUUCUGGGUCGUCGUUGUCAGGUCCUGCGUGCGUGGUGUCUCCUCACGCCUCCUACUCCACCUCCCUCAUCCCCAACGCCACCCUCUCCACUUCCGCAGAGGUCGUUGCCCUGCUGCCUAGCAACCACUCCUCCUCCCAGGGGGGCGGCCGGCCCCUCAGCACCCUGCUGCUGUCUAGCAACCACUACAACAACAACAUGGCGGCCACCUCCUCGGAGCCCAGCGAGGCCCAAUCGGAAGGCAGCGUUCACAGCCAGAGCACGGUGGCGGCGGGGGGGCUAGGGGCGGGUGAGGAGGAGGGCCACUGGAUAUACGACGCCCCCGAGAACCUGGUUGCCACGCCAACGCGACCCCUGACCUCCAGUGCCUCCGCCCCCUACGGCAGCCUGGAGCGCUCGUCGUUAGGCAACAACAACGACUCCAGCUCCCUGUACUCGAGCGACGCGGACGGCUACUACACAUCCAUGCACCUGGACUCGGGCCUGCCACGACCCCGCAGCCACGGCAACGGGGGAGGCCAUGGCGGAGCGGGCCGGGCACGCGUCCACAGCAUGUACGAGUGCAUCGGCCAAUCGGACGAGGGUGAUUACGGGACCUAUUUCUACGGCGACGGUGGAAGCAGCGGUAGCGGCACGUUGUCUCGUUCAAUCUCGCUGCGGAAAUGCAAGAAGCCGCCGCUGCCACCGGCGCGCACCGACUCUCUCCGCCGCCGACCACCUCGACACGCCAGCGCCAACAACAUCACUACAGCCCCCGGGGGCCAGGAGGAUAGUCGCGCUCAGCUGGACCCGGCUGUCAUCGCCUCCCUGCAGCACUCCCUACAGCUGGGCCUCAGAGGGCAGGCAGGGGCGGCGCCAGGCUCUGGCUCAAGGGGUGUUUCUACUCAGGUAUCUGCAUGGGACAGCCCCUGCAGCGACUACGAGGACCCCUGGAUGCUGAGGCCCCGCAGCCAGAGCAGCGCCAGCGCGUGCAGCAGCGGCCUGUCGGCACUGGGAGGCGCUAACGCUAGCGCGGCUAACGCGAGUGUGUACGCGCUGUGCCACAUCACGCCCACGCACAGUGACACAAGCAGCCUGCGCUCGGACUACGACCAGCCCUGGGGUUACUACGGCGACCUCACACACUCGCCGCACACGCCACACACACACUCACACUCAAACUCACAUACCCCCAGCCAGGAGCACUGUCCGUCCCCUGCACACGCCACUGCAGCCCAGCAGGGUGCGCCACAACAGCAGCUGGCUGUGGCGUCUAGCGGAGAUUUGGCCGCCCCCUCGGGGGCCACUCUACCACCCCACCCCCCUCAGCAGGCCGCCGCAGCCCAAUCCGAAUCCGACUCGAAGGACCGGCCGCACCGCCUCACCUCCCCCUCCUCUGGCUACUCCAGCCAAUCAAACACGCCCACGGCCGGAACGCCCACCCCCUCCUACCCCAGGAACCAAUCACCAUGCGGUUCUGGCCCUGCUGCUGCUGCAGCUGGCCAAUCAGCUUGCGGCUCUGGCGUCAGGAGCGAAUCGCCUUGCAGCACUGGCUCUGGCUCUGCUAAGCCCCGCCCCCGCGUGCCGGAGAGGAAGUCGUCUCUCUUGUCAUCUGUGUCCAUUUCCUCCUCAUCAACUUCGCUCUCCUCAACCACAUCGGACUCCACCAGGAAUGCACCUCCUCCUAUUGCACCUCCUCCACCGCCUCCUCCUUUCCCCGCCGCUGCUCCCCUCUCCCCUCCUCCCCCCUUCCCCCCUCCCCCUCCUCCUGUGGCUCACAUGACCUCCUCAGUCUCCGCCCCUGCGUUACCCACGAUACCUUACGGUUCGCCCAUGGCCGCUCCCCUGUUACCCACAACCCCCCUGGCUGCACACAUGGCCCCUUCUAUAUGUGGCUCCUCCCCUGAGUUCCCCCCUCCCCCUCCGGAACUCCUCAUGGAUUCCAUGUCACUAGACAACACUGACAGUGAUGCUGACGAUACCUUCGGACCUCCUCCUCACCCCCCUCCGCUACCCCCCUUUCCUCUCUCCUGCGCUUCCCCACCUCCACCUCCUCCUCCUCCUCCUCCUCUCCCCUCUUCUCUCACUAACGCUCCUCCUCCUCCUCCCCUCCCCGCCUCCCUCUGUAACGCCCUGGCUCCUGUCCUCAUGAAGGCAGCGAGAGACAGUCUGAGGAAGGUUGUUGCCCCUAACGAUAGCGUGCGCGCUGGCGCCCCCGAGAGGGCGAUGCCCCUCAUUACAGCGGCGGCUCUGCAGGGCGUGCAGCUGCGCUCCGUCAGGAAGCAGCCUACAACUAACACCCUCCAGGACCAGCCAGCACCUCAGGACUCCAGUGCUCCGAUCAUCGCCAGGACCACGGAAGCCACAGUUCCGUUGGCCCAGCCGGUGGGCUCCGGUGCAGUCGAGACUGGACCCUCACAGCACAGGGAACAACGCGCGCCCGUCCUGGAGCAGCAGAGGGCAUCAACGCCGAACGGGUCACGUCAGAACCUAGAUGUGCCUGACGGGUCAGAACCAGCACCAGCAGCUGAGCAGGAUGAAAGCUUGGUUUUGGACCCAACAACACCCAAUGCUCCGGUCCCGGCCCAGACGCGCACCAACAGCUGGAGCCCAAAGCAGAAACCCCCCGCAGUGGCCCGGAAGCCCAAAGUAGCCCUCAUCAGCCCUCUAGUGCCCCCGGUGGAGAACGUGGCCGACAGCAGCCAGGCCGAGAACCGGCCGAGUGUGUGUUUGUCCAACAGCCUGAGUGACCCUCACACAGACUCGUCCAGUGCUGAGCAGGAAGCCUGCCCCCCUGUGGGCAAGGAGAGAGGUGCAACUCCAACUCCACCACCAUCAUCAUCUUCAUCGUAUUCAUCACCACUCGCUGGUGCUGCUGAUGAAGGCUUAAACAAGGACACUGAGGCCAAGACGCCGACAUACACCCCUGCUGCACCCCAACACCACACACAUCCCGACACCAACAUCUCCUCAGAAGAGAACCAGGUCCCUAGCACAGCUGAAGAGGAGGACGAGGAGGAGAAGGAGGAAUAUGAAGAGGAGUCUUGCAGCAGUGUGUCUGAGAACUCCAGAGAAGAAGAGAAUGGUGAGGUGUUUGAUGAGUCUGUGUCGCCUCCUGGCCUGAAUGGCCACGCCCCUGUCACCAUGGUCACGCCCACUCGACCCCGAACCACCGAGGACCUCUUUACCAUCAUACACAGGUCCAAACGGAAGGUUUUGGGUCGCCGCGAAUCUCAAGACGAUGAGCGUUCCAGAUGCUCCUCCCCCUCCCCUCAAAGCCCGCCCACCUCCGCCAUGACCCCUCCGGCUGCCUCUCCCUCCCCCUCCCCCUCCCCCUCCCCAUCCCCCCUGGUGACAGCGUCUCCUAGGCAACAGAGCAGCGUUAUCCAGCGGGGGCUGCGCAAGUCGGUAACCAGUAGCGACAGCUUCAAGGCCCUGUUGCUGCGUAAGGGAAGCCGCUCGGAGGGCUCGUUCCGCAUGUCCGCUACGGAGCUCCUGAGGUCCACAGACCCCCGCUUCCAACGCACGCGCUCACUAGACGCACACACACCCCCGGACAGCCCCACACACACACUCACACACACACUCUCCCUGUCGCCGACACACUCGCCGUGUGACAGCCCGCCUAGCGCGGGGUCUCCCGCCCACAGCAGCAGGGCGCUACAGGAGACGUGGAGCCGCAACGAGGUCUUCUACCCCUCCCCCCCACACACACACCCCUCGUCCCCCGCACACACACACGGAGCCCCAAACUUACACAAGUCACCGCGCUCACGCAUUCCCCCCUCCGCAGCUAUCAGGUUUGGGGGUCGCCACCGCCUGCUCAGCAGCCCCAUGAGCGUCAUCUGCGAACGAGACGGAGAAAACUCUGAGGAGCUCAUCGCCACGGGCAACGGAGACACGCCCACCACGCCCCUGUUAGCCAAUGGCACGCUACACGAGGAGAGCGGCUGAUACAGGCACGUCCACAUCGCUAUGGAGAUCGGACACCAUGAGUCGUUACACAAUGGCGACCUGAGGAGUCUCUACUGAACUGGACUGGCCUUGGGGCUCCUCAUUUGACCUUGACCUGGGUGGGACUUAAACCUCUGUUUGUGACCUUGGCUCCUGAACUGUCAGUGUCACACUCACACACACACACCUCAAGUGUAACUGGAACUUGUUUUCAUCUCUUCAAGUAGACUUUAAACAGUACUCAUCUCCUUAAGUUAAUCAUCUCAUCUUUCUGUUCCCUGUUAUAAUGUUUGGACAUCUGUCGCUAUUGGCCGGUUCUGUCUAGAGUGGGCGGGACCUAAAGUCUCUCAUGCUCACCGAUUGGCUCUUACUCAGUGUCACUGGCUUGUGUGUGGGUUCCUCCUCCUGUGCUGUGGAGAACCCUGAGAGGAACCGUGCAGACUCCAUCGCUUUCUUCACAGACACACACACACACGCUCCACAGAGAGUGUGUGAGUGCAGAACUGGACUGAUAAAAUGUGUGUGCAAGGUCGGACUCUGCUGCUCACCGGCCUCAACUCAGAAUGCAUUGCGCCAGAUACCAGCCUGGGAGAGAGGAAGUAGCUCAUCAGCCCUCGUGACCUCACUUCCUGUGUGUUGCCCAGGUGACAGCAGUGGGAGGGGCCACUAGUCAGACUGAGAUGGACAGGUGUGGGGAGUCCACACACACGUGUACACACACACACACACACACACACACACACACACACACACACACACACCUGCCUACUGGAGGGCGGCAUUCUAAAGGACACAAACUAAAGAAACUUUUUUGGGAGAUGUUGUGUGUUUUCUCUGUGUGUUCAUGAGUGUGUAGAUUUGCACUGCUGAGGCGUUCUGUUUGUUUAAUGUGUUUUAGUUUGACAACGUUGAAAUACGUAACGUGUCUAUCGUCUGUGUCUGAGCGAUGGAGCUGAUGAACGAGAGAGAGAGAGAGAGUUAGAGGAGGAGAUGAAUGAUGGUGAACAAGUGAUGGAGAGGAAGAGGAGAGCUGUAGUUAACGAUGAUGAUUAACGCGAGAGUGGAUAAGUUGUGAUGAGUUACGAUGACUUUUCUGCUAACCAAAGAGACUCAUGCUUUAAUGACUGUGUGUGUGUGUGUGUGUGUGUGUGUGUGUGUGUGUGUGUGUGUGUGUGUGUGUGUGUGUGUGUGUGUGUGUGUGUGUGUGUGUGCGUCUGUGUGUACGUCUGUGUGUGUGUGUGUGUGUGUGUGUGUGUGUGUGCGCGCGUGCGUGCGUGUGUGUGUGUGUGUGUGUGUGUGUGUAUUUUCAUGUGGCUAACAUACAGCAGCUCUCUACUUGGGUCUCCUCUCCUCCUCUCCUCUCCUCGCGCUUUUAUAUGCUCAUUUUUUAUGUAAAUAAAUAAAUGAAUAAAUAAAUAAAUAAAAUAGAACAUAGUUUGGCGUAACAAUGAAUUAUUUUCAGAUGACUUUGUAUGUACAGUGUGAUGUUCUACAAGAUACUCUCGUCUGGUCCUGAGUGUGGAACAGGAAAGCAGCCUCCUGAAGUAGAGUAUUUAUUUUAGAACACAGAGAUCGGCAUUGGUCAUAAUAACACAUUCAGGUCUGUGUGUGUGUGUGUGUGUGUGUGUGUGUGUGUGUGUGUGUGUGUGUGUGUGUGUGUGUGUGUGUGUGUGUGUGUGUGUGUGUGUGUGUGUGUGUGUUCAUGGCUCCCUACCUACUGGGAAAGAGGAUAAAGAGAGGAGGAGAAAAGAAGAUGACCAGGAGUGUCUGCAGUUUGAUGUCUGAGUGUCCUGUAUGUUCAUGUCUGUAAUAAAGGA